ACAAGACCUGCCUCACCACACCUAAGUACCAGUAGCCCUCUGAUUUUCCCGUCCCCACUAGAGGUAGAGAGCCGCCAUGAGCGCGAUCUCAUUCUUUCUCCCACAAAGAAGGAUAUUCGUCCUCCCAGAUUCUGAUUCAUAGGAAAAAGGAGAGCGCCUUAUCAGAGAGAGAGAGAGAGAGAGAAAGAGGGAGAUUCUUCCUUUUCCCAGUAGACAGGAGUUCGACGGAAACUCUAGUUAUCCAGAGAGAGAUGACUGCCAGGAAGGAAAUUCCCACCACCAAUGGCGCGAUGAUCACCACCACCAACAACAAAAACAACCUUCUUCAGGAGGAAGAAGGGAAGAUGGUGGCGAAGAACAAGUCGGAGGCGGAGACUGAGGACGAGGAGGAGGCGCGAGUUUGGGAGCAGAUCAGGCAGGAGACUCGGAGGGACGCGGAGGCGGAGCCGGCGCUAGCCAGCUACCUUUACUCAACCGUCCUCUCCCACUCCUCCCUGGAGCGGUCCCUCGCCUUCCACAUCGGCAACCGGCUCUGCUCCUCCACCCUCCUUUCCACCCUUCUCUACGACCUCUUCCUCCAUUUCUUCUCCUCCUCCCCUUCCCUCCGCUCCUUCGCCGUCGCCGACCUCCGCGCGACUCGCCUCCGCGACCCUGCAUGCGCCUCCUUCUCCCAUUGCCUCCUCAACUACAAGGGCUUCCUCGCUCUCCAGGCCCACCGCGUUUCCCACCGCCUCUGGCUCCAGGGCCGCUCCUCCCUUGCCCUCGCCCUCCAGUCCCGCGUCUCCGACGUCUUCGCCGUCGACAUCCACCCAGGCGCCCGCAUCGGCUCCGGCAUCCUUCUCGACCACGCAACCGGUGUCGUCAUCGGCGAGACCGCCGUCGUCGGAAACAACGUCUCCAUUCUCCACCACGUCACCCUCGGCGGCACCGGCAAGGACGUCGGAGACCGCCACCCCAAGGUCAGCGACGGCGUGCUCAUCGGCGCUGGCGCCACCAUUCUCGGCAACGUCAACAUCGGAGAGGGGGCCAAGAUUGGUGCUGGGUCGGUCGUGCUCAUCGACGUCCCGCCAUGGACCACCGCCGUUGGCAACCCCGCGAGGCUCGUUGGUGGACGGACGCACCCGACCAAGAACAACGACCUUCCAGGGGAGACCAUGGACCAUACCUCCUUUAUCGUCGAAUGGUCGGAUUACGUAAUUUGAUCGAUACCAUCGAUUCCCUUCUCCCCACCCUCCUCUUCAUCCUCUCUGUUAUCGAAUUUGGGUAUCGUAGUCAAUGCAGAAAUGCGUUUUCCGGACAUUGGAAUAGGCUGUAUAGUCCAGAAUUAUGCAUAACUCUGCGAAAUUUUGCUAAUCUUUCUCCUGCUGUUAAAUGCAUGCCUUUGCGACGCCGAGAAUUGCUUCUUUGCUGUUGAAUUUGUUGAAUUCGAUUAUUUUGAGUUGAGUAAUUCGCUCGGCGCUCACAUACGUUUCGUGCUGUUGGUUGGGUUUAGUAAGCAGUGUCUAAUAUCUUAAACCGGUAUUCCUUUUUCUUCAGUCUUUUCUGCUCUCAUUGUAAAUACAUUCUUGAAGAUUAUCAGAAUACUUUUGUGCUGCA